CCUCGAGCCUUUGACGCCCGCCUACUCCGUACCCGCCGACCGAAAUCCAUCCCGACUCCACCGUUGUCCGACUCACCCGUCUCUCCCUACAGUAAUACGGAUAAUAACAAAGAGAGAAAAAAAAGAAUGGCCUCCCUCCCACCCCGGCCGGCCACGCGAGGCGACGACGAGGCCUCUCCGCUCCUCUGCUCUCCGUCGUCGAGCAUGUUGUCGGCGGUCUCGAGCCCGGCGUCCACCACCACCACCGCCUCGUCCUCCUCGUCGCUGCGCUCGGCGUCGUCGCGCCGGAGGCGGCAGGCCCGCCUGCGCCGGAGCCUCUCGCUCGUGUCGGCGCUCCUGUCGGCCCUCUGCGCCGGCUCCGUCACCAUCUUCUCCCUCUACGGUUCCGUCCUCCAGCAGCGCCUGCGCUACUCCCAGUUCGAGGUCAACGGCCUCGCCUCGGCCGCCUCCGUCGCCAUGUACGCCCCCGUCUCCCUGCUGGGGUACCUGUGCGACCGCGCCGGCCCCGCCCCGCUCUCCCUGCUGGCCGCCCUCGCCUUCGGGGGCGGCUACGCCGGCGCCGCGGCCGCCUACGUGCGCGCCGAGAGGGUCGUGGCAGGCCAUGGUGGUGGUGUCGGUGGAGGUGGUGACGGCAACGACAACAACGACGACAACGACGGCAGCGCGGCGCAUCAUUGGUACGCGCUGAUGGUGCUCGCCUUCGUCGCCAUCGGCGUCGGCACGUGUGCCAUGUACCUGAGCGCCGUCGCGACGUGCGCCAAGAACUUUGGCAGGGGCAAGCACAGGGGCCUGGCGGUGGCCCUGCCCAUCGCCGCGUUCGGCCUGAGCGGCAUGUGGUUGAGCCAGGUGGGGAGCCGGCUGUUUGCCAACCGGCAGCUCCCGAGCGGCGGCGCCGAGAGCGAGGUCGACGUGCCGCGCUUCUUUGUCUUUCUGGCCGUGCUGCUCGUCGCGGUCGGCGUGGCGGGCGCGUUUGGGCUCCAGAUUGUGGACGAGGAGGACCUGAUCGAGGAGGCGGUGGAGGAACUCGAGCGCAGCGGGAUCCUCGACGGGAGCGCCAUGCUCACCCCGGGGAGGGCGGCAGCAGAGAUUCGCGGCAAUGGGUACGGAGCGGUGGCGGAGAGGGCGGACCCCUUCGACGAGCUGGAAGAUGUCAAGGACCCCGAAGAGGAGGAGGCCCGGCUAAGGAAGCAGUGGGUUCUCAACGCCGAGACCCGCCGCUUCCUGACGGACCACACCAUGUGGUGCUUCGCCCUCGGCUUCUUCUUCAUGAUCGGCCCAGGCGAGGCCUUCAUCAACAACAUGGGCACCGUCAUCAAGACCCUCUACCCGCCGAACCCGGCCCCGCGCUACGGUGGCGGCGGCGCACCCACCUCGGCCGCCACACACGUCUCCAUCGUCGGCGUGACCAGUACCGCCAUGCGCCUGCUUACCGGAACCCUAACCGACCUGCUCGCGCCCAGCCCCGGGGCCGGGCACGUCCAGAUCACCAGCAGCAGCAGUGGCGGCGGCGACCGCCGCCGCCUCUCCGUCUCGCGCGUCACCUUCCUCCUCUUCUUCGCCGCCCUCCUCUCGCUCGGCCUCGCCGGCCUCGCCGCGGGCCUCGUCCAGAACCACGGCGGCCGCUUCUGGAUCGUGUCGGGCCUCGUCGGCGCCGGCUACGGCGCCGUCUUCAGCCUCACCCCGAUCAUCAUCACCGUCAUCUGGGGCGUCGAGAACUUCGCCACCAACUGGGGCAUCGUCGCCAUGUUCCCCGCCCUCGGCGCGACCCUCUGGGGGGUCGUCUAUUCCGCCGUAUACCAGGCCGGCGCGCAGAGGCAGGCCUCGCCCGGUAGAGCUGGCGGGGUUGGUGCUGGUGGUGAUGCUCGUUCCGGGGAGGGAGACGACGACGACAACAACCUCUGUUACGGCCGGGAGUGCUACGCGCCCGCGUUCUGGGCCAUGGCCGCCAGCGUGUGGGUCGCCUGCGCUCUGGUCUUGUGGGCCUGGAAGGGGAGGAAAGGGUGGGCGCAGAGGGGGAUUGUGGUGUAGUAGCAGCGGUGGUGAAGGGGAGAGCUAUAGUUAUGUAUAUAAUUACAGAGUUGAUUCGCGCAUUCGGAUGGGGUCCGUUCUAGGAUUUGCAUUGACGUGGCGUUUUCUGGGUGUCUUUUUUUGGC